AUGAGGAUUCUUUCUUUAACAAGUAGCUUAUCUGGCUGUGAAAAAAAUUGGAGCACGUUUGAAGCGGUACAUAUGAAGAAACGAAAUAGAUUGGAAAGAAAUAGAUUGAACAAUCUUGUUUAUAUUAUAGAUGGAGAUGACGGUGAUGGAGAUGAAGUUGACACCGAAUCAGUUAUGGAAGCGAUUGAUGAAGCUCCCAAUACUAAUGAUAAUCAAGUACCCCAUAAAAGUUCAACAACAAGAGAAUUUUACAAUGAAGAUUUCGAAUCCGAGAAUGAGGAGCAAGUGUUUGAAGAAGAUGAAUAUGAGUCAGAUGGAGUUAAAAUAGUGGAAGAACUUGAAGAUUAG